AUGGAUUUUCUGCGAGCUGAGUCACCGGAUGUGAAAGCGCCGAGAUACUCGUGGGCUCACGCCCCAGUUUCCACUGCGAUCUCGAAUGAGCACAAAUUCUGGAAUCUCUCCGGGAAAACGGUGAUCCGUCGACGAUGCGCUUUCUCGGCACUCUUUGUGACAAUCAUUAAUUUGAUGGGAAUCGUCACGCGUGUCAGUGUUGAAUCAGGGCCGCGCACGAACGGUGAUUUCUGGUUGCACGUCCAUGUCGGCUUGGCCCUUUUCUCUUUCGUUUUUUCUGUUGUCAUGACCGCAACACGGGGUCGUUCAUCUGUUGUUGUCGUUUUAAGUGUUCUCACCAUUUGGUUUUCGAUCACUUUUGGCAUUUUCCUUCUCAUGACAAUGGCCGUUUCUUUAGCCGCAACUCAU